GUGGGGGUGUUGAGGUAGGGGUGGGGUAAGAGAAGAUGGCCAAAAAAAUAGAUGAAAUUAGGAAUAUUCAGAACAACGCCUUUGGAUGCGUUUCCUUUUUAACUAAAUCAGCUCUUCCCUUUUUCUAUGACAUAACCUCCAGAGAGAGAGAGAGAGAGAGAGACAGACAGACAGAGAGAGAGAGAGAAUAGAGAGAGAGAGAGAGAGGAGAUGAGAAGACCUACAUAGAUAGCAGCUGUCACAUUUGGGAGAGGAAUACAAUUUGAAGAGAGAUGCAAAAAAAAUUAUGGUCUCACAACAUUUGAGUCGUUGUGCAAUUGUGCUCUGAGUAUGGCUGAAAAGCCAAUUGACCCUGGCUGCGUAUCGAUUGCGUUGGAAGACACGGUGUGCAAUGGGGGAGCCCAGGAUGCCCCACUGCUAACCACCCACCUCAAGAAAGUAGAGAACCACAUCACGGAAGCACAGAGAUUCACCCACCUUCCCAAACGCCCUGCUGUGGACAUAGAGUUCAAUGACCUCUCCUACUCAGUCAGUGAAGGGUCCAUCUGGAAGAAAAGAGGCUACAAGACUCUCCUGAAAUGUCUGUCUGGGAAAUUCUGCAGUCGAGAGCUGAUUGGCAUCAUGGGACCUUCAGGCGCCGGCAAAUCAACCUUCAUGAACAUCCUGGCUGGUUACAGGAAAACCGGGAUGAAGGGUCAGAUCCAGGUGAACGGACAGCCUCGCGACCUGAGGACCUUCAGGAAGAUGUCCUGUUACAUCAUGCAGGAUGACAUGCUUCUGCCGCAUCUUUCCGUGCUGGAAGCCAUGAUGGUUUCAGCCAAUCUGAAACUCAACGAGAAAAUGGAAGUCAAGAAGGAACUGGUGAAUGAGAUAUUGACUGCUCUGGGCUUGCUGGAGUGUUAUAACACACGGACUCUCUCCUUGUCUGGAGGUCAGCGCAAGAGGCUGGCUAUCGCCUUGGAGCUGGUCAACAAUCCCCCCGUCAUGUUCUUCGAUGAACCAACAAGCGGGCUGGACAGUGCCUCCUGUUUCCAGGUGGUGUCCCUGAUGAAGUCUUUGGCCCAGGGUGGGAGAACCAUCAUCUGUACCAUCCAUCAGCCCAGCGCCAAACUCUUUGAGAUGUUUGACAAGCUCUUCAUUCUGAGCCAAGGGCAGUGCAUAUACAAAGGGAUCGUUCCCAGUCUCAUCCCCUUCCUUAAAGGAGUCGGUCUGUACUGUCCAACUUACCACAACCCGGCUGACUUCAUUAUUGAAGUGGCCUCGGGGGAAUAUGGAGACCUGAACCCGAUGCUCUUCAAAGCAGUGCAGGACGGGAUGUGCAGUAUGGCGGAGAAGAAGAACGCAUCCAACAGCAGUGACGUGUCGGCCUGGAAGUCAGCGAGUCUGACGGAUACCGGCCCCAUCGAGAAACACACGUUCGCCACAAGCUCCUUCAACCAGUUUUGUAUCCUCUUCAAGAGAACAUUUAUCUCCAUACUGAGAGACACGGUUCUGACUCAUCUGCGCUUUAUGUCCCACAUCUGUAUCGGGGUCCUGAUCGGCCUCCUGUACCUGAACAUCGGCAACGAGGCAGAGAAAGUCUUCAACAACACUGGUUUCCUCUUCUUCUCCAUGCUCUUCCUCAUGUUCGCUGCCCUCAUGCCAACCGUCCUGACCUUUCCUCUGGAGAUGGCAGUUUUCCUGAGGGAACACCUGAACUACUGGUACAGCCUCAAGGCUUAUUACCUAGCAAAGACCAUGGCAGAUGUGCCCUUCCAGGUGAUCUGCCCCAUAGUGUACUGCAGUAUCGUGUACUGGAUGACAGCACAACCCCCCGAGGCUGUCCGCUUCCUCUUGUUUGCCACACUUGCCACAGCCACGGCUUUGGUGGCUCAAUCUCUGGGGCUCCUGAUAGGAGCAGCUUCCACGUCUUUACAGGUUGCUACAUUUGUGGGGCCGGUCACUGCUAUCCCGGUGCUCCUGUUUUCCGGGUUCUUUGUCAGUUUUAACACAAUUCCCACCUACCUGCAGUGGAGCUCCUACCUCUCGUAUGUCCGUUACGGCUUCGAGGGUGUUAUCUUAUCCAUAUACGGCCUGGACAGAAAAAACCUGGACUGCAAAGACAAUUGUCUCUUCCAGGACCCGAAGAACGUCCUGGAACAGCUGGACGUGGUGAACGCAAAGCUCUACUUGGAUUUCAUCAUCCUGGGCGUUUUCUUUGUCGUUUUGCGCCUCUUGGCGUACUUGGUGCUUCGCUAUAAAGUCAAGGCUGAAAGAUAAAAAGGGAGCGAAUAAGAUAUUGGCGUUGGCCGUGCAGCCGAUGGAGGCUAUGGCAGUGUCUCCACAUCUACAGGAGGGAUUGAUUCUAAUCUUCGCCAAGGCUGGGCUUAAGUACUGUGUCUAAUAGGGCCUCGAAGCCUGAACUCUGAUUUAAAAGAAACUGUGAACUCCGUGGUGGUUUGCAUUGGACGUCCGUCUGUCCGUCUCCAUCUGUUUUUUUUUUGAUUGCGUGUGUGUUGACUUCUGCCACUCCCGAGUCGAUUUCCUUUCGGCCCUUUAUCUUUCGAAAUGAAUCUUUCAGUCCGCCUGCAAGACACUUUAUUAUCAGGAGAACCAGGUCUCUCGCGCUUGAAGGGUUAAGCUCGCUCCUUCCUGCAGCUCGGGCCGGCAACCGAACCGCCAUUGGGGUCGGAACCUUCUAACGAACCGUUGAUCGGGUUCUCGCGUGGAAAUCCGUUUCCCACCCCCACCCUCUCCUCACC